GCAAUUAAAAUAAAAGAAACUAAAUCAAACGAUCUUCGUAAUGAUGAUGCGACAUAUACAUGUAAAGAUCAUAAUUAAAGAUCAUAUAAAUCAUAAUUAAAUAAUUGAUAUGAUACUGGUGGGUAAUUCUCACGAAAUUCCGAAAUUCUUGUCCUUUUAGAUUAUAUAAAAAUCCAACAAAGAAAUGGAUGUUACUAAUAUUUUUAUACAAUCCACAUACUUCUAUCUAAAAGUAUCACAUAAGAUUUUAGAGCCGCAUAAAUAAAUAAAUAAAAAUGCAUAACCAUAAUGUAUCUAAUAUCAUUACCUCACUAUGUCCCAUGUACCAAUUUUAAUUACUUUUAUUUACCAAAAACGUACAAAAAUCAUUCGAAUCAUAUUCAAGCAAGUCGGAUUUUUUUUUAAAUAUUAUAAAUUUAUGGAAAAAAUCGAUAUUAGCGUCAUAAAGUAAAAGACGCGUUAAAAAUUUGAAUAUUUAUAUGUGUCUCACAAAAAUAAAUCAUUCCCUCACACUAUUACCGACAGUUGAAUUACUAACGCAUUUUAAAUAAAAUACGAACGCUACCAUUCGUUUCUGAAAGUUGGCACUAAUGUUAAUUUGUCAAACUGGCGUUUUUUCUGUGAUUGUGUUCGGGUGUGCGCUGCGAAAAGGUUUUAUUAAUUAUAUGGUUAAAUUAAAUUUUUGAUCGUCAUUUCAUCACAUUCUAGAAAACCAAAGGUAAGUACUUAAAUUGGUUAUAAGUUGCACAGAUAAAAUGGCUUUUGGGAGUAAUUUCCUUAAGCAAAAAAAUCGUUUUAAAAGUAAGGUUAUGUCACGAGUCCUUAACAGUUAUUCUUUAUUUCAUCAUUCCCUCACCAUCAUUCCCACAUAAAAAUUUAUGGUGAGGGAAUGAUGAUAUAUGAGGAAAUGAUUUUUGGGUAGGCUGACUGGCUUUUUUAUUGUUUGCUUUUAUUUAUUGUCGUUUAUUUAUGAUUGUUUAUUGUUGCAAUAUUGUUGCAGGUUAAAAAUGUCAAGAAAAAAGAAGAUAAGCAAAGAUGAAGCUAAAUUAAAAAAGCAAGAAUAUGACCGAAAGCGCAGGCAAAAAAUGAAAGCUGAUCCUGUAACACUUGAAAUACUUCGUGAAAAAGAAAGAAUUAAAUACCUAAAUAAAAAAGAAAAAGGUCAAGUAAAACCUAUAUCCGCAAUGAGUUCUCGAGAAAGAAGGCAAAAAAGAAAAAACUGGAAGAAAAAUAGCCAAACAUAUAGAGACAAAACAGUGAAGGUGCGAAAAAAUUUAGCAAGACUGUUAGAUGAGACACCACCUCCUAGCCCAGGGCCUAUCCAAAAUAAUGAUGAUUUAAGAAAUCUGACAGUUAAUCGGAGAAGGCAGCACCUAAGAAGACGCAGAGGAAUACUUUAUGCAAAAAUAUCCAGAUUACAGGAAAGACUGAAACAAGAAAUAAGAAGAAAAGAGAAAUACCGUAAGAGAUGUCAAAGACAAAACAAAAAUAAUCAGACUUCACCAGAAGCCAAAGUAUCAGCUCUCUUAAAGAACGUCCGAGUUCCUAAAAUUGUGAAGAAGAAGAUUCUUCUAUCAGAAGUUAUUACUAAACAGCUAAAAGACAGGUACAGUAAUUUAAAGAAACAUAGUGAAAAGAAAAAGUAUUAUGAAAUAGUAAAACCCGAUCUUUUGAAGAAGCAUAAACUACUCAGCUUAUCAAAACAGUUUUUCAAACUUGAUUGUUACAAAAAGAGCAUUUUUAGGAAAGUAAGUGCUAAAUUGAUGCAGGUCAAACAGGAUGUUCAAGAUUUUUUGGAAAAGGAUGAAAGUUCUCGGAUGUGCCCAGGAAAGAAAGAUUUUCUAAAAUCAAAAGGACAUGUAAAACAAAAACGUUUACUGUGCGAUACCAUGAAAAAUUUGCACAAUAAAUUUCUGACUACAGUUGAGUAUAAAAUAAGCUUGACAACUUUUUGCAGAUUUCGGCCUUUUUGGGUAACUUGGGCAAACUUAAAAGACCGUAAUACAUGCAAAUGCGUAAUCCACGCAAAUGUUCAACGGAUGAUUAUGAAGUUACACGAAAAUAAAGUAUUGCCUUACUGUAAUCUAACUAAAUUUUUGACCAUGAAGACAUGCAAUGUUUAUUCAACUAAAUGUCUUUUACGAGAAUGUGAAGGUUGUGCAAAUAAAAUGAUAGAGUAUUAUCUUCCACAGCCAAACAGAAUAGUGACUUAUGAACAGUGGAUGUAUAAAACUGUAUCCUACGAAAAAAAUGAAAAUAUAAAGACAGUAAGAAAACCCAUUUUAAAAGAAAUCAAGGUUUCACUAAGAUCAUUGGUACAUCAGUUAGAGAAUAUUUUGCCUUUAUUUUUUAAACAUGUUGCCACGAUAGCACACCAGUAUCAGACCAUAUCAGAACUUAAAAAGACUUUAGCUUACAAUGAAGUCCUUAUUCACAUAGAUUUUAGCGAAAACUAUUGUUGCAAAUAUAACGAAGAGAUCCAGGCAGUAUAUUUCGGAGGUGCAAGACAACAAGUUACACUACAUACAGGAGUAUUAUAUUUACGUGAAAAUGACACUGUAAAAUCCUACACGUUUUGUUCUCUUUCUGAUAAUAAUAGACACGAUACAAUGGCAGUAUGGGCACACCUAUUACCAGUUUUUGAGUGGCUUAAAAAUCACAAUCCAAAUAUUCACAGAAUACACAUGCUAAGUGAUAGUCCUGUCAACCAGUACAAGAACAAGUUCAUGUUUCAUCUAGUAUAUCAUCAUAUAAAUGAUUUGUUUCUGGGUGCGACAUUUUUUGCGUGGAAUUAUUCAGAACCAGGCCAUGGCAAAGGUGCUCCUGAUGGCGUAUGUGGCACAUUAAAAAGAACAGCUGAUAAAGCGGUGGCUGAAGGCAAGGACAUCGUAAAUCUGAAAUCUCUCAAAGAAAUUUUGUUGAAUAGCUUUAUUGAAGAACAUCUUGUUCUUCAAUAAAGCUAUUUGAAGUUACCACUGCUAAUAUUGCGAAAAUAGAAGAUUUAGUCAAACAGUCAACCAUCAUUGCUGCAUUUCGUGGCACUCAGAAAAUUCGUCAAUUUGUCUUCAGUAAUAAUGCCUUGGAAUUUAGAAGUCUUUCAUGUUGUCAAUGCGCAGAAAAGUGUAAACAUUUUCACAUGGGAUUUUAUAAAUCUACAAAAGGUUGCAUUGAAAAACCAAGGUCCAUUGAAUUAAAAACAAGAAAUAAAGUUUAUCAUGAUGGACAUUCAUCAAAUGAUAUUACAAGUAUUUGUACGGACACUAAUAUUACUUAUAAUAUUGGUGAUUAUGUACUUAUCAAAUGGGACGAAAAUAUUUACCCAGGGGAAAUAAUAUCAGUUUCUGAGGAAGGUGCUUUAGUAAAGUGUAUGAAAAGAGGAACUAAGUCUUGGAAAUGGCCUAAAAUCCGAGAUGAACAGUUAUAUGCCUGGAAUGACAUUCUAAAGAAGAUUAAGCCUCCAAAAUUAAUCAAGAAGGGUUGUUAUUUUAUAAAAGAUUUAAACUAGUUUAAAAUAUCUGAUUAAGAUUUUAAUUGUAACUUUGAGACUGAAUCAUUUAAGAUUAUAAAUUUUAAGAAUUAUUUUUUGUUAGGAAAAAAGCUAAUUAAGUAUAUAUGUUGUUUUGAUACUAAAGAUUUAAAAAGGAAAUUUUUCUGUUGUUAAACUGCUGUUAGAUGAAUCUUUAAGUCAGCAAGGAUUUUGUUGUCAUUGUUAUUUAAUCAAGUGCAAUAAUAAAUAAAAUAACUAAAUUUGAGUUAUGCCAAAGUGCUGGAAUAAUUUUGUGAUUUGCUGGAAUUACUUAUUGAUUUAACUUAUUGUUUACGAACAAAAUUGCAUUGAAUAAAAAGAUUUCUUUGAAAAAAAGAACUAAUUUUAUUAAAAAGCUACAUGACUUGUCUGCAAUAAUCAUUCCCUCGCCUUAAUUGUCAUUCCCUCACUUUGAUUAUUUUUAAUGUCCUCAUAACUUUCAUAAAACGUGAUAAUUUUUGGGACCACUACGUAAUUUAAUUCUAGUAACAUUAGUACUAUCAAAUUCACAUUAAAGAUAUAUCAAAUAACUUCAAUAUUUUUUGUCAUUUUAAGAUAGCCGAAUUUCGGGAUUUCGUGAAAAUUACCCUGGUAUACAAUGUUGUAUGUUUUAUAAUGUAUGCUUUUUAUGUCGCAAUUUAGCAUCGGUACAUGGCAUUUAUUAUAUUAAGCUAGAAGUAUUUAAUAAUUCCAAAGUCAAUAUUAAAUUAGUAGUAAAAAAUAUUUCUUUUGUUACAGAAUAUAUCAAUACUGGUGGUCCUGUUAUAUAGUUGGAGGAUCGGCGUCAACGCAAAGAGGUUUAAAGAACUGGAUGAUGUUUAUUAUGGUAAGUACCACAUUUUAUAUAAUAAAAUAAUAUUUUAAUUACAGAAAAAGCUCUGUAAUUUCGGCAGAAUUUUAAAAACCAUAAGAAUUAAUUUUUCUUUAAAAAAAU